UCAUCCCGCAGAUAAUUGAAUAAAUGUCAAACACAAAUGAAACUUUCUGCUGUGAUACUUCCUCCUGAUAUUUUGUUUCAAUUGCCCCAUCAAAUGCUAUAUUUCUACCGACUUUGGUUAUUGGUUUUGUCAAAAAAAAAAGUGCUUUCGACCUCAGGCUGCUAAUUGGCCUCUCUUUGAAUGAACCAAGCACUUACCGUACCAAGAAGGUAAACAUUAUCUAACAUUAGUUAGUGCUUAGGAAAAUGACAGAUCAACAAACUGUAGUUGUGACAGGAUUUGGACCCUUUGGUUCCCACACAAUCAAUGCCAGCUGGCUUGCUGUCCAGGAGUUGGCAAGGAAAGGUUUGGGACAAGGCAUUAAUCUUGUGGUGGACCAGCUACCGGUGGCCUACUCUGAAGUGAAAAACAUUGUGCCCAAGUUGUGGAAUCUUAGACCCAAGUUAGUAGUACAUGUAGGAGUGUCCGGGAUUGCAGACAGACUGACACUGGAGCAGCUAGCACACAAUGACGGCUAUGAGAGAGAGGAUAUAUUUAACUGUGUUCCUGACACCAAGUGUUGUGUGGACGGAGCAGACCACUGCCUGGUGUCGGCUAUAGAUAUGACUAAAGUACAGCAGUGUGUUAAUAGCUCUGCUUGUGGAGUGGAAGCCAUUGUUUCUACUGAUCCCGGAAGGUGA